AUGGCACCCCCUCCGACCUAUCCAUAUGGCAUAUUCGCUAGGUAUAACCCACAAGCCGUCUAUGCUUAUCAUUCAGGGGCACCCGGACAUUCAACUGUUGAUUGCAAGGCUCUUAAGCAUAGAAUUCAAGAUAUGAUUGAAGCCGGAGAGAUUGUAAUCAGGAAAAGGGAGGCACAAGGGCCGAAUAUAAAUAGGAACCCCUUGCCGGAACAUACUAAUAUCAUUGGGGUCAUUCUGGACGACGCAGAGUAUGAGGAGCAAGUCCAAAAAUUGGCAAGAGAAGUUGAGGUGUUUGGGGUCACAGACCAACCAUUUGUAAUAGAUGUGUCAUUUGAGGAGGAUAAAAGGUCUUUUAUUUUGGAUCUUACUCUAGCUGAGAGCGAGACUUUGGAGCCAGUGGUCAUCGAAUUCCCAGAGCAGGAGCCUGUUCUAAGUUUGCAGCGAGUGCCAUGGAACUACGAUAAACCUAUCAUACAAAUUGGAGAAAAGUCAGUUGCCAAAGAAGAGGUGUCAGUGGUCACUAGAUCAGGGAGGAUUGCAAGUCCGUUUGGAGCUACCGUUCCGAUUCAAACAAAUAAACCUGAGCUGCCCGCUAAACCAACAAUUACUGAGAAGGAAGUCUUGAAUUUUCUUAAAAGGCUCCAAAGAAGCGAAUAUAAUGUAGUCGAGAAGCUAAGCAAGUCGCCCGCCCAAAUAUCCAUGUUGGAUCUGCUCUUUUCUUCGGAUAUGCAUAGGGAUGCGUUGCUCGAAGUGUUGACUAAAGCUCAAAUCCCUAAGGACAUUUCAGUUGCUAAUUUCUCACAUAUAGUUGGGAGUGUGUUAUUUACAAAACAAAUCACUUUCUCUGAUGAUGAAUUACCGGCAGAAGGCAUUGGACAUAACAAGGCUCUGUACAUAGCUGUGAGGUGCAACGGAAAAAUGUUGCCAAAGAUGUUGAUUGACAAUGAAUCUGCGCUUAAUAUCUGUCCUUGGAGUACCUUGAAAAAGCUAGGGUUGCAAGAUAUUAACCUGAGGCCUUCAGGGACCAUAGUUAGAGGUUUUGAUGGAGCACAAAGAGAACCUAUAGGAGAAGUGGAUUUAGUAGUCGAGAUGGGGCCCGCACAGUUUCAAAUAGCCUGCCAAGUUAUGCACUUUCCUAGUGUUUACAAUGUUUUGCUUGGAAGGCCGUGGAUUCAUAAGUCCGGAGCUGUGCCUUCUUCAUUGCAUCAAUUGUUGAAAUUCAUAGUAAAUGACAAAUUGAUAACUAUAUUUGCCGAGGAAGAUUGCCUCGUGAUUGCUAAUUCUGGGUCCAAAGAAGAUGGUAGCCGAAACGCCACAGUGACCCCUCAUAGCACAGCUGAUAUCGUCUCCCUAGAUUAUCAUAGGGAAAAUUUUGAAUCAAAUGAUGAGAAGAAUGGUGAAAUGGUUAUACAUGAAGAAGAGAGUGAGUCUGAUGAUAUUGAGGAGCUAUUAAAUGACAUUGGAGUUGUUAACUUUGGUGAGAAUUGGAGACAUUUAGUAGAACCUAAUAGAGGUGUUGAUGGCGAGCAAGAAGCUGAAGCUAGUAGGCUUCUUAUAAACAAAGAGAUUGCUCAUGAUAUGAGGUGCCAUAAGAAGAGACGUGUAGAUAAUGAUGACAUAGUGCGACAUCCAGUUGAUUCAUCAGCUUGGAAGGAGUUUGAUAGAAAUCAUAAAUCAUUUGCUAAAGAUCCUUGA